AUGGCGGCCGACUCAACAGCCCCGGGUUAUUGGUUGAACUGGAAGUUCUUAGUCUGUGCAGCAUGGGUCCUAAUAGCAAUGGUGUUUUCAGCUCUUUUGAUAUGGAGACAUGAAGGAUCCAGAAAGCGGUCGGGUGGCGAAAGUCAACACGAGGCUUCCGGAUGUUUGUACGAAGAUGAAGUUUGGUCAACGUGUUCGAGAUCAGUGCAUCCCAUUUCGCUGCUUGCUUACAGGAUCAUUGCUUUCUGUGCGUUACUUGCAUUGCUUCUCGUCGAUAUCGUCACCCUUGGUGCUAUCCAGUAUUUCUUUUACACGGUGUGGACAUUUACUUUGGUCACAAUUUACUUUGGGGUUGGGUCUUUUCUCUCUAUCCGUGGAUGUUUACAUUACUAUCGUGAAGGGAAAGUGAAAAUGGAUUGCCAAACUUGUACGGAGGCACAAAAUGGUUCCUAUGUACCACCAUCACUCGUGGAGAGUGAUGUGGGGCCCAGCCAGAAUGAAGGAUCGAGUCAUUGUGGUGAACCUAAUAUCAGAACUUUUGCAUCUUCCUGGGGAUAUGCCCUGCAAAUAAUUUUUCAGAUAUGUGCUGGGUCUGUGGUGCUCACCGAUUCUGUCUUUUGGGUAGUACUCUAUCCGUAUAUCACUGCUAGAAGAUUGAAUUUCCUAAUUGUUAGUAAGCAUUCUCUGAACGCUGUUUUUCUUCUCGGUGAUGCAAUUUUAAACCACCUGCGGUUCCCCUUCUUCCGGGUAGCAUAUUUUGUUCUGUGGACGUGCAUUUACGUCAUUUUCCAGUGGAUCAUCCAUGCCUUCUUAUCAAUAAGGUGGCCUUAUCCUUUUCUGGACUUGUCUUCUUCGUAUGCUCCAUUGUGGUACUUGGGUGUUGGAUUGCUGCUUUUUCCAUGUUUUGGGAUCUGUUCACUUAUCUUGAAGUUGAAGAGAUGCUUCACGGCGACAUGA